UUGAGAGAUUGCUUUUCCUUUUAUGUAGAUACUGGCGCAGAACAGGGCCCCAGAAUCAUUGAGAAUGGAUUAGAAGCUCCCUCAAAGUUGGCUUACGGUACUCACGUGGUGGACUAUCGCCGGGAAUAAUUAUGUGAAGCUUGUGUCGGAAAACAAAUCCCGGUCGCUAUCGACAAUUGCGGCUAAGCUGCUAGGAGGCAGAUAGCCGUUUAUUACCUGUUUGAAUUUUGUCCAGAACACCCCAGAAAUGAUCAUGUUGGCACUCACAAUAUAGAAUCUGGGGUGCCGUUGAGACUGCUGCCCAUUUUCAAGCAAUAUAUUUAUUAGCCUUGGUUUCGCUGCUGCCAGCACAAGCUUCCGCUGCGUCCUCACCUCACCAAGUUAUCUAUUUGUUGUGCAUUCGAAGACAAACAAGUACCUUUAUCCAAUUGUCGCUCGGAUUUGCGUCGAAAUUUUUGUGCCUCUCCUUCUGAGCGUCUCCUCAAUAUGGCACCGUCUCUACCACAAGAUGAGGAGGCGCCUUCGACAAGGAAUGGCUCGAAGCGAAUUGUCCCAAGUCGCCUCUACGAGAUAGACAAAGCACCGUCUUUCACACAAUUUACAAAACUUUGCACCCAAACACAAAAUCCUGAUGAUUAUCCACUUUCGGAUUCAAUCGUCACAAACAUCCCUGUAUACGACCUCUCGAAAUACAACAUAUCUGAGACCAGCAUAGCAUCCUCUCUACAAGACGAAUGGUUUGAAAUCCUUCGUUCAGGACCCGGUGUCCUAGUUCUGAAGAAUUUUGAAACCGACUCCUCUUUGUUACACCGCAUCAAUGAGGUCUUCGAUGAAAUUAUCUCGAAAGAAGAGGGCGCAUCGUCCAAAGGUGACCACUUCGCGGCUGCUGGCAAAAAUUCAAGAAUCUGGAAUUCCUUUCAGAAGCACGCUUUACAAGACCCUGACUCGUUUGUUGAGUACUAUUCCAAUCCGUGGCUAGCUAUUGCUUGCGAGGCAUGGCUCGGCCCAGCAUACCAAGUCACUGCGCAAGUCAACAUUGUCAAGCCGGGUGGUGCGCCUCAAAACCCGCACCGAGACUAUCAUCUUGGUUUCCAAACAGCGGAGUCAUGCGCCGCAUUCCCCAAGUCAAUGCAAAUAGCGAGCCAGUUGUUAACAUUGCAAGGCGCUGUAGCACAUUCCGAGAUGCCACUCGACAGCGGCCCAACGAGGUUCUUGCCCUUUUCGCAGCAAUUCGAGGAAGGAUACAUGGCGUGGCGCUUGUCAGAGUUCAAGCAGUACUUCGAAGACCACUGGGUCAGCCUCCCACUCAAUCUAGGCGACGCAGUAUUCUUCAACCCGGCGUUGUUCCAUGCUGCUGGCGAGAAUCAUAGUCAGCUGGACAGGAGUGCCAAUCUUCUACAAAUCAGCAGCGCUUUUGGAAAGCCGAUGGAGACUAUCGACAAUUUGGCAAUCAUCAAGAAUUGCUGGGGUGCCUUGAAACGGUUGAAUAGUGAGGGAGGCCGAGAUCGUGAGGUCGAUGCUUGCGUGCGUGCAAUUGCGUCCGGGUAUCCAUUUCCCACAAACCUGGACCGCAGGCCGCCAGCACCUGGAGGUAUGGCGCCUUGUAGCGAGGCUGAUGUGGUAUUUGGGGCGUUGCAGGAAGAUUGGACGACGGAUAGAGUUGUUGAGGCUAUUCAGAAGGUUCAAACAGACUCACUUGCAUGAUCGUAGGAGGAUCACAAUAUGAGAACUGGUGAAAAAAUGUCCCUGUAGUAUUGUUUAAAUUGAAUCUUCUUCCAUUCUAUGGAUGCACAAUCCCAAUUCCAAAACAACAAUGGUGAGAUUUCAUCAACUCGGCCACACGUUUGUCGAUCAGCGGGAAAUGGUUCC